AUGGAAGUUGGCUUGAUGAACGGAGAGGACAGUUUCUGUAGUACAGACGCCAAUUUGGAGCUGCUUGUCCCAACACCGUCACCGGACACCAGCGGGCGAGAGAGCAACGGGAGCGGGGACCUACCCCCGCCGCCACCCGCUGUUAAGACCUCCUUCUCCAUUGCUGAGAUUCUCGGUUCCUCCGCACAAGCCACACCGCCCCACCACAGCCGGAACCACCACAAACUGGAGGACCGGCCGGCCGAAGGGACUGCAGACCUCGUGACGGGACGCUCCAAAUCCCCCGUCGACACGGGGGCACACUUGGUCCGUCCGACGGCGGUGAGGGAGACAGCGGUUCCUGUGGUGACUGGGGCAGCAGGGGGCGGGGGGUUACCCCCGCCAGGCCACUGGUGCAGCGGCCCAACAGCUGCGGCCUUGCAGUACGCUUACGGGGCGUCUCCUGGUGGUAUGCCCGUCUGGUCAUCGUGGUGUCAAGCAGCAGGCUUUGGCCGGCCAAAUAUACCAGGACCAAAACCGCUGGGUAGACGGCCUAGAAAGCCUGGAGUGGACCGGAAACCACGGCAGGCCUACUCCUCCAAGCAACUGGAACGGCUGGAGGACGAGUUUAAGGCCGACAAAUACCUGAGUGUCAGCAAGCGGCUGGAGCUGUCCAUGGCACUGAACCUGACUGAGACACAGAUCAAGACAUGGUUCCAGAACAGAAGAACGAAAUGGAAGAAACAGAUGAUGGCCCGCUUGAAGAUAGCCCAGCGGCAGGGUCUGUGGACAGCCCCCUUCUUGACACCCUGGUACAGCCCACUCGGACCCUACUCCGCGGCGACAGCAGCGGCCUACGCACCUUACCCACCGCCGGGGCUGGCGGGCGGACUGCCCCGCCGAGCUUCGGCAAAGACGCGUCGGCAGCGGCGGCCGCGGCCGCAGCGUCGCAGCGGCAGUCCUCCUUGGCAGGCGGGACCGCUGGCUUUCACCGCGGUGCGAUGA